AUGACUGACCAUCUGGACUGGGGCUGCCGCCGCCUGAGGCAGCCUGAUGGCAGCGGCUGCUGCAGAGGCGACCCCAACGCUGUUUGUUUUUUUAGGUAUCUAAAGGAGUUUAGGACAGAGCAGUGCACCCUGUUUUUGCAGCACAAGUGCGCCCAGCACAGGCCAUUUACCUGUUUCCAUUGGCAUUUCCUAAAUCAGCGUCGCCGCAGACCCCUCCGCAGGCGCGAUGGCACUUUCAACUACAGCCCAGAUGUGUACUGCUCCAAGUACGACGAGGCCACCGGCGUUUGUCCCGACGGCGACGAGUGUCCCUACCUGCACCGCACGACGGGGGACACUGAACGCAAGUACCAUCUACGCUACUACAAGACGGGCACGUGCAUCCACGAGACAGACGCUCGGGGCCACUGCGUGAAGAACGGACUGCACUGUGCCUUUGCACAUGGUCCUCUGGACCUACGGCCGCCCGUGUGCGACAUCAGGGAGCUGCAGGCCCAGGAAGCCUUGCAGAACGGCCAGCUCAGCGGAGACGGGCCUGACCUGCAGCCCGGGGUCUUGGCCAGCCAGGCCAUGAUUGAGAAGAUCUUGGGUGAGGACCCCCGGUGGCAAGACGCCAACUUCGUGCUAGGCAGCUACAAGACUGAGCAGUGUCCAAAGCCACCGCGCCUGUGCCGCCAGGGCUAUGCGUGUCCACACUACCACAACAGCAGGGACAGAAGACGCAACCCCCGGCGCUUCCAGUACAGGUCCACGCCCUGCCCCAGCGUGAAACACGGGGAUGAGUGGGGCGAGCCCUCACGCUGUGACGGCGGCGACAGCUGUCAGUACUGCCACUCGCGCACGGAGCAGCAGUUCCACCCAGAGAUUUACAAAUCCACGAAAUGCAACGACAUGCGUCAGACGGGGUACUGUCCGCGAGGUCCCUUCUGUGCUUUUGCACACAUUGAAAAGGGCCUCGGGAUGGCAAGUGACUGGGGCUGCCGUGACCUCAACUCCACCAGCAGCGCCACAGCCAGCGGUGGCCAACCCGGAAAUGCAAAACGGAGAGAUUCCCCCGCGGAAGGCAGCCAGAAGGCCGAUGAUCACGACAGCAAGCAGAACCACCUGGCCGUGUUUGCAGCAGCCCACCCGCUGGCCCCCAGUGUGAGCUCCAGUGUGGCAUCCAGCCUGGCGUCCAGCACCGGCUCCGGCAGCUCCUCGCCCACCACGCUGCCUGCCCUCCCCAUCCGUGCCCUCCCACUAGGCCCAGCCGGCAGCACCGUCGAGGCCGUCCUCGGCUCCGCCUUGGACCUUCACCUUAGCGAUGUGAACAUCGCUUCCCUGGAGAAGGACUUGGAAGAGCAAGACGGCCGUGACCUGGGGCCACCAGGUCCCAGGUCACUGACUGGCUCUGCACCUGUGGCCAUCCCGGGCUCCCUGCCCCGCUCGCCGUCACUGCACUCGUCAUCCUCCCUGUCCACCUCGCCACUCAGCUCACUGUCCCAGUCCCUGCCGGGGCCACUGGUCUCCUCCACCAUGACGCCACCCCAACAGCCGCUGCCCCUGCGCUCAGAGCCGGGCACGCUGGGCUCCUCCGCCUCGUCCUACAGCUCCUUAGGUCUGAACGGUGUCCCUGGGAGCAUCUGGGACUUUGUUUCCGGCAGCUUCUCUCCCAGUCCGACCCCCGUCCUGAACGCCGGCCCUGCCUCCUCCAGCACGAGUCCCAGUGGCACUGAGCUGGCCCGGGUCAGGCGGCAGCUGGAAGAGGCCCGGAGGAAGAUCCGGCAGUGGGAGGAGUCCUGGCAGCAAGUGAAGCAGGUGAUCUUCCAGCUCCGCACCAAGCAGUGUGUGGCCUGCCGGGAGCGUGCGCACAGCACCAUCCUGCGACCCUGCCAGCACCGUGUCCUCUGUGAGCCAUGUGCAGCUAGCGCACCCGAGUGCCCCUACUGUGAGGGCCAGCCCCUUCAGUGGUGACCGGAGGAGGGAUGGCUGCCUCCCUGGGAGCACCUGGAUCGGGGGCUGCAGUGCCCACAUGAUGUCACUCACUUCUGGUGCCACCGACAUUGGGACCAAGGCCAGGCACUCACCAACUCUCCGCCCAGCAGCCUUGGUGUCACUUAUUUUCAGCUAUCUUGUCACACCGAUGGUUUCAAGGUAGUCUCAGAACCUUAGAAGCAAACCCACAGAACUCCCUGCCCCCGUGCCUGUCCCGGAGGGGCUUACUGUCUCAGUGGCCUGAGCAGGCGCCGUGAUGGCAGCGGCCUGUGGUCCUGACGUUGUGAUGACCAGACCGUUGGGAGUCGGGGUCUUGGCAAAGCACUUUGUAAGCCGAGGAAUUUAGUUAGACGUUACAGAUUGCUCUAAGCUGCUUUGUAGGCUCACUUUUUUUUUUUUACCAUGCGAUAAUAUGAAGCUUUAUAUGUGUACUGUGAACUUAAAAUAUUUCUUAUCGGUUUACUGUCAUAGUAUGGUAAAUAUUAUUAGAUUUCAUACUCCGAAGCUAGUACUUACGAAAUGAGCAUUUAUCUAGUAGUGAGAGAGGCCUAGGAUUUUUACAGUUUUCCAAUUAAGUGCAAAUAGUAUUUAUAAACAGAGUGACUAUUGAAAGAUACUUAGAUGUUUUUAACUUUAUGAAAGGAACUCGUUUUCCUCAGCGUGUGCACGUGCACACAUAACUGGAGCUUUGUGGUCCAGUGUCGUGGAGUGACAUCCCGAGAGCGCUCCUGUGCACGUGUGUGACGCGUGUGCCUUGCAGAAGACGUGAGGGGCCAUUCGUUUGGUUUUACUUUUUCCCUUGCAACUCCGAGGGACAACUUGAUCCUAAUGAGACUCGCCACGGGAGGGAUCAGCUAGCAGAGGUUUUAAAGUACCUUUUCCAGAAGCCAUCUUCUGGCUGCUGGGAUCUAUCACAGGAAAUGGUGCUCUGCAACUUCCCAGAGGCCUCACCGGGCGUCCUGUCUCACACAGAGGGCCCUACACUGGGAGACCACUGCCUGCCCGGCACCCGCCGCCCCCAUUCAUGUGGGAGAUGCUUGCACCAUGGUGUCUUGCGGUGUCCAGGGUGACAGUUAGUGGGCCCUGUCCCCUAAGCUUAAGUCCACUCACUCAUGUGGCAGCAAGAUGACACAAGAAGACCCAGCCACAGCGCCUCAGUGGCCUGGAGCAGGUGGGGGGGCGUGGCCCCUGGGUCCGGCUCUGCUGUAGUCCCUCCGCCGCCAGCCCCUGGGGUGACAGCCUGGCCUCGGACCACAGUAGAAAGGUGACUGAGAAUGUCUCAAGCAAUGACUUGAACCUCCUCUGUCAGGAUGGGGACUUCCCCCAGACCCUGGGGGGGAGGAGCAGACGUCUGUGCCCCCCAGACCUGGCUCUCCGGGGCAGCCCUGGGUGGCCCGAGGGUCCCUCCACGGGAGCGAGCAGAGACGUGUCUCCACCCAUCCGUGGCUUUGCCAAAGACUUUUAAUAGCAUUUUUUUAAAGUGCAAAGUGUCUAGGUAAAAAUUUUCAUUGGUGACCAAAUUAGAAUGUAUCUAAUAGAGUAGGAGGCUUAAGAACAUUUUCAAAAGACAAACAAAUUGGAAUAGUUCUGUUGCUUUAAAGGAAGUGGAUCCGUGACAUCCAGCUAGUUGGCUGCUAAGGAAACCCCUAUAUGGUUUCAGUGGCUCGGUUAUGUUUUUAAUGGUGGUGGUGAUUUAUCAGCUCCGUAGAAAUGAUGCAUAUUUUGUGCUGUUAUCAAUGUUUAAAAUUCUUUAUUUUUAUUAAUAUUUAUGCACUUGUUUCCCAUGUCAGGCCUUUGGUCUCUCUUGGGAUAACAGGACGAUGUUUGUUAUUGCUAUCUAGCCUAGACAUUUUCAAAUUAUCAACAUUUAAGAACAAUUAAGCUUUAGUCUGUCCAUAAGCUAUUCUGGUCAGUUCCUUCGGUGGAACCCGGCAGGUGCUCCUGAUGUGCUCCAGGGCUCACGUCCUGGGGGUGGAGGCAGGGAGCCAUGGUGGACUGCUGGGAGAAGGAGGUGCCACUCACGCCUCAGGACGGCACUGAGGCCAGGUGUGCGGUGAGAAGACCAAAGAGACGCCAGGAGUGAACUCCUGGGCCCAGUGCACCACUGGGGCUGCCCACUUUGGGGCCUCCCCACUCUGCCUCCAGGCUUUGGUUUUCUGAGGCCCAAGGCCUCAGGGACCAACCCCAGGUGGCCAGGGUCCACCACGGCAGAAGGUGCCAGAAGCGUGCUCUCCCACAGGCCUCACAGAGGCUGAAUUGGACAGGCCCAACGGCUCAGGGCCAGUGUCCCCGUGUGGGGGGAGGAGGGGGCACUGGCUCAGGAAGCCACCUGGGCAUUGCCUGGUGUCAAGUCUCAGUGGUGACAUGACAGCAUCAUGGUGUCCGUGUACCAGCGUCAGCGGGGACCCUCGUUCCAUGUGGACGCUUCAGGUGGAUUAAUUUUUGGAAGCCCCAGGUUGUAUGUUUGAGUAUUUAGAUGAGAAUGUGAUUGGAAUGGAGUUUCCUUUAACCCAGAAGGUAGUAUUUAUAAUGUAUAAUCAUCUACUCGUAGUGACUUGUUUAAAGUUGUUAACACCUGUUUAAAUUUUUUUACACUAUAGCAUUUAUGCAAUGGUUUACAGAAUUCAUGGAAUUAUUUUUAUCAGUAUGAGAAUUAAUUAAAACCUUGAAUCUUUA